UAAGCGGCUAAGCAGCAUCCAGCAGCAGGUGGCAAGCGAGCUCACUCGAUCGCGCUCGCCAUGGCCGCGUCCACCGCCGCCCGACGCUUCCUCCUCCUCCUCGCCGCAGUGACCGUCGUCUCCGUGGCCGCCGCGGCGCCGGCGCCGGCGCCACCCCCGCCGUUCCGGACGGUGUACGCGUUCGGGGACUCGUUCACGGACACGGGCAACACGCACUCCACCACCGGUCCUUACUCGUACGGCUACGUCUCCAACCCGCCCUACGGCGCCACCUUCUUCCACCGCUCCACCAACCGCUACUCCGACGGCCGCCUCGUCGUCGACUUCCUGGCCACCGACGCGCUCGCGCUGCCCUCCUUCCUCCCGCCCUACCUCUCCCUCGCCGGCCCCAACGCCACCUCCGCCAGCAGCAAGAGCAGCAAGUACUACGGCGCCAACUUCGCGGUGGCCGGCGCGACGGCCAUCGAGCACGACUUCUUCGCCAAGAACAACCUCAGCGUCGACAUCACACCGCAGUCCAUCAUGACGGAGCUGGGCUGGUUCGACGCGCACCUCAAGGCGCGCCAAGUCAAGAAGGAGGAGAUCGGCGAGGCGCUGUACUGGGUGGGAGAGAUCGGCGCCAACGACUACGCCUACAGCUUCAUGGCCGCCGACUCCAUCCCGCCGGAGCGCAUCCGGACCAUGGCCGUCGACAGGGUCACCACCUUCCUCGAGGGGCUGCUGAAGAGGGGGGCCAAGUACGUGGUGGUGCAGGGGCUGCCGCUCACCGGCUGCCUGCCGCUGGCCAUGACGCUGGCGCGGCCCGAGGACCGGGACAACCUCAGCUGCGUCGCCUCCGUCAACAAGCAGAGCAUGGACCACAACCACCACCUCCAGGCCGGGAUCCACCGGCUCCGGCAGGCCCACCCGGGCGCCGUCGUCGCCUACGCCGACUACUACGCCGCCCACCUCGCCGUCAUGCGCAGCCCCGCCAGGUACGGCUUCGCCGAGCCCUUCAAGACCUGCUGCGGCUCCGGCGGCGGCGCCUACAACUUCGAGAUCUUCUCCACCUGCGGCUCGCCCGAGGUCCCCGCCGCCUGCGCCCAGCCCGCCCGCUACGUCAACUGGGACGGCGUCCACAUGACCGAGGCCAUGUACAAGGUCGUCGCCGGCAUGUUCUUCCGCGACGCCUCCGGCGCCUUCAUCCGCCCAUCCUUCGCCUCCCUGCUCGCCGCCGCCAGGAAAGGCCACGGCAACUGAGCGCCAGCAUCAUCAUCAUCUUCAGCAUUCAGCAGCAGUCUUGUGGCGGCUGUUGUAAUUCAGUUGAACUGUGACCACCACCUUGUUCUGAAUCCAGUGUGAUUUGUGAGACAGAUGUAGUCCACGCUAUGGCCACGAACAGAGAAUUUUAAUAAAGAGUAUCCUAGAGUUUCAGGUUAAAA